AUGCUGGCCACGACAAUGCUGCUGCUGGCUGGUCCUCUUGCAUCCGCAUACGAGCUAGACGUCGAUUCAACAGCUUCCAUCCUAUCCGUGGCCAAGCAAAUGGCCGCGGACCUCAUCACAUUCUACAAUGGCGAUAAACCAGGAGGAACACCCGGGUGGGAGGCCGGUGCCAUGAUGGGCUCUCUAAUAGACUACUGGUAUUACUCUGGCGACGAUCAGUACAACAAGCUUGUGGAACAGGCACUGUUGUUCCAAGUCGGCGACACCAAUGAUUACAUGCCCCGAAACCAGACAUUGACGGAAGGAAACGAUGACCAGGGAUUUUGGGGGUUGGCUGUCAUGAGUGCUGCCGAAUACAAAUUUCCCGACCCGCCACCGAAUGAGCCCCAGUGGCUGGCGCUUGCCCAGGCUGUAUUCAACACUCAAGCUGGUCGAUGGGAUACCGAGCAUUGCAACGGAGGUCUGCGAUGGCAAAUUUUCAAGUGGAAUCAAGGCUUUGACUACAAAAACUCCAUUUCGCAGGCUUGCUUCUUCGCGCUUGGUGCAAGACUUGCCCUAUACACUGGCAACAACUCGUAUGCCGAAUGGGCCGAAAAGUCUUGGGAUUGGAUGGUGGGCGUUGGAUUUAUUGACAAGUACUGGCGUGUUAUUGACGGAGCCCACAUUGGUACUAACUGCACCGAUCACGUCCCCUAUCAGUUUUCUUACAAUGCUGGCGGUUUUAUCCUCGGCGCCGCCGCCAUGUACAACUAUACAGAAAAGCCUGUUUGGAAAGAGAGGCUGGACAAUUUGCUCAGCGCGAGCAAAGUCUUCUUUACUGGGCCAGACAAAAAUAUCAUGACAGAAGUCGCAUGCGAGCCCGUGGACCGCUGCAACUUGGACCAACAGUCGUUCAAGGCAUACCUCAGUCGCUGGUUUGCCGCAAUCACCAAAUGGGCACCUCAUACUUACGACUUUGUCAUGCCGUAUCUGCGGGCGUCAGCCGUCGCUGCAGCCAAGCAAUGCGUUGGUGGUACGAACAAGCGCAUGUGUGGCCUCAAAUGGAACCAGGACAAAUACGACGGCUCGACUGGUGUUGGCCAGCAGAUGGCAGCAAUGGAAGUGACACUUGCAUGUCUGAUCAAAGAUAGUCCUGCUCCGGUUAGCAAUGGCAAUGGCGGCACCAGCAAAGGCAACCCAGGCCUCGGCGGAGGCGAUAUGGGACGGGACGAGCCUCGUCCCCCAGAUUACAAGCGAAUUACCGCUGGUGAUCAAGCCGGAGCCGCUAUUUUAACCACCGCCCUCCUCAUGGCUCUAGUGUUUGGUCUUGGAUGGAUUUGCGUCGAUGAAACAUCGGACAAGUCUCCCCUAGAGCAAUUGAAAGGCUUCCGAAAGUCUACAACGGCAGCGGUCGUCGCGGCAGCAGGUGCUGCUGCACGUAGGUCAAUGAAGGAGAAGGGCGGCGUCAUAAUCAAUUCGACUAGCAAGAGAAGCUCGACCUCCAGUGUAGUCGAGCAUAACCAGGCUAUAGAGGCUGCAGCCGUGACAAUCGGUCACGUUCGCGGUGAGAGUGCGGGGACGCAACGAAGAUUGUCUAAUAUGCCAAUCGGUUGGCCGCGCAGGAGCUCAAAGGUAGCGAGUGAUCCGGAUCCUUGGCUUGACACUCCAAAACUCCCUUCACCUACAUGGCCAGGGACCGGAAAUUGA